AUGACCAUUAAGUCAAAAGAUGUUCCAGAAGAUGUUCUCAUGGUGGGGAUAUGUGGACUUGAUGGAGUAGGCAAGUCCACAAUGGCUAAAGCUAUUUAUAAUGAACUCUGUUAUCCAUUUAAGAGCAAAAGCUUUCUGGACAAAGUUGGAGACGUUUCCAAAGAGCCUCAUGGUCUACUGGAUUUGCAACAACAACUUCUUUGUGAUAUCUCACCCAGAGGAGAACCACAAAUAAGUACUCUUGAUCAAGGAAUUAUUGUGUUACAGAGAAUGCUUCACCGUGAAAAGGUUCUUCUUGUCAUUGAUGGUGUGAAUGCUAAGGAGCAAUUAGAAAAGUUAGCUGGAGGACAUGAUUGGUGUCUUCUAACAAUUUCAAAUGGGAAGGUUGGCAUGCAUAAUUUGAUACAAAAAUUGGGUCAUAAAAUCGUGCGUGAUGAAAGUCUCUGGGACAAAGGUAUACGCAGCCGAUUGUGGCAUCAUAUGGAUGUACAAGAUGUAUUGGAGGAAAGGAUGAAGGGGACCAAGUCAAUUGAAGGCAUACUCCUAGAUUUAUCGAAACUAGACAACAUAAAUUUAUCUACUCAAGCAAUGACAGAUAUGACUCAACUUCGAUUGCUCAAAAUUUUCUUGGGUUCUGAAGUUGUUUCUGGUGAAGAGGAUUGCAAAGUGUGCAUUAAAAGUGAUUUUAAAUUUCCUUCAGGGAAUUUAUGCUAUCUCUAUUGGCAUGGAUACCCUUUGAAUUCUUUGCCGUCAAAUUUUGACCCUGCGAAACUAGUGGAACUCAACAUGCCGUAUAGCAACAUAAGAAAAUUUGGGUUAGGGAAAAUGGUUUCCAAUCUAACAGCCAUCAUUCUCAGUCACUCUAAAGACCUCGUAAUGGUCUCAAACUUUUCCAGCACCCCAAAUUUGGAGAAACUAAUUCUUGAAGGUUGCACAAGCUUGCGCGAGAUUGACCCAUCUAUUGGAGAUCUGGAAAGGCUUGGUUUGUUAGAUUUGAAAGAGUGCAAGUCACUGGGUAGUCUUCCAGACAGCAUCUGCAACUUGAAAUCUCUUAAAACUCUUUAUCUUAGUGGCUGUUCAGAACUCAACGGUUUGCCCAAAGACUUGGGAAACAUGACACAUCUAACUGAGCUUUAUGCCAAUAGAACAGCUACAGGAGCGCCCCCUUCUGCAAUUCGUCGGAUAAGAAAAUUUCUAAUACCGCCCUUUAGUGGAUAUAAAGGGGGAAGAGCUUACCCAUCAUUGUCUUCUUUACCAGGUUUAUCCCUCUUAAGGGAAUUAGAUCUAAGUGAUUGUUAUUGGUGGGAUGCAAAAAUACCCUAUGAUUUUUGGCGCUUAUAUUCAUUGGAAAAGUUAAAUCUGAGUGGAAACCCUAUUACAAUCAUGCCAGCAAGCAUCAAAGAACUUUCGAGGCUAAAAGUUCUUGUGUUGGGGCGUUGCAAGAGGCUCCAAUCACUUCCGAAACUUCCACCAAGUCUGCAAGAACUGGAUGCACACGAAUGUGUAUCAUUAAGUUAUGUUGUGAAGAAGCACGCUCCAGAGAGUCAGUUCUGUAUUCUCGUUCCUGGAGAUAAAGUUCCUGCAUGGUUUGACUUUCGUGGAGAGAAAUCUUCAACAAUCUUUCCUGGAGUUAAAGUUCCUGCACGUUUUGACUUUCAUCCAUGGGAAGCUUCAGUAGCAAUCCAUUCGGGCGAUCUCCUGGGAAUUUGGGUAUGCUUUGUCUUUGCUUUCAAGGAUCAACUGCCUCAGAUCCACGACGACAUAUCAUGUCGGUUGAACAAUUUUUCAUUUUUCUAUUCCUACCGGGACAAGUGGAGUGGUGAGCAUUCAUCAAAUCGCCACAUGUGGUUAGCAUAUCAACCAUGCUCUGCAUUCGAUAUUUGCUUCCCUGAGACAUGGCGUAACAUUGAGGCUUCCUUUGAACUGUCUGGUGUGACUGAUGCGUCGGAGAUAGAGCGUGGCAUUCACCUUAUCUACAGAAAGUACUCUCAGAAGAAGCAGAGGAUUAAGAAUUGA